AUGUCGCUCGUGUUGGACCACCCGACCAAGGCAGCUCAGAUGAGUAACAGCAAGCAACGGAGUAGCCUCUCCAAAAGAUUAGCAGUCGAUGGGGUGACGGCUAUGAUAUCCACACUCUUCAUCUCCCCCAUAAUGGUUGUGAUCGAUAGAGCAGUAGUCGAGAAAGCAGCCGGAACAUCCACAAUCCCCUCCUCCAUAAAAUCCACCACAAAAUCAAUCAUGCAACAUCCCCUACUAUUCCUGACUUCCAAGCCCCUGAGAGCAAUGUUAAUGCUCUAUAGCGCUACAUACCUAACAGCCAAUAUCUGCGAUACUUUUUACUCUUCUCAACAAGACUUACCGGCAAAUUCUACAACCAGCUCAAAUACGAAAUUCGCAGCUGUCACAACUGUUAAUGUUGGACUGGCUCUUUACAAAGAUGCUUCUUUCGCCAGGACAUUCGGCACGACGCCUACAAGAGCGUUUCCGGUGAUUAGUUWUGCGCCACUACUUCUCAGAGAUGGAAUCACGCUUUUCGCGAGUUUUAACCUUCCGGCGAAAAUUGCGCCGAAGAUGCCUGAAGAGAUUGAAAAGGUUGUAGGGAGGUUAUCGGUCGCGCAAGUUCUUGCGCCUGCUGCGAGUCAAUUUCUCGCUACGCCUUUGCAUGUUCUGGGAUUGGAUUUGUAUGAGAGGAAGGUUUCUAUACUGGAACGGGUGAGGAUGAUUGGGAGGACGUGGAUUCCGAUUAGUGUGACGAGGGCGGUGAGGAUUAUUCCUGCGUAUGGAAUUGGAGGGGUGUUGAAUCAUGAUGUGAGGUGUUCUCUUAUGGGGAAAUUAUGA